GAUAAUGAAAUACAUACCAUUGAAAAAUGUGUUAUUCUUUUAAAAUAACUAAGUUUAAUAAUUAUUGAGGGUUCAAUAAAACCUUAUUGUUUAAGACAAAAAUAAAAUAACUAAUAAUGUUGUCGUCAAACCAAGACAACGUGAAGAACCUCUUCAAUAAAGAAUUCGAUUUCGUCAGUGCCAUUCUAAAUCAAGUGAAAUUGCCAGAGCGUGUUGAAGACUCGGAUUCAGAAGAAAGUGAUAGUAAUACAAAAGUCAGAAAGCCAAUACUUGCAAGCGAUGAAAUAAAUAGAGCUCAAAGUUUAGAUGAACUACACACAAGACUUGCUGCAAUAAGAGAAAAGAAAUAUACAUACCGAGGAAAAAUAAUUAAAAACAAACUUCAAAAUAAGAUUAAAAGAAAAAAAAAGAUACAUGAAAAAACUAAAGGUGAAAAAAAACCUAAUGACACUGUUGAAAAAACAAAUGAAAAACCUUCUAAAGUAAAUGGUACUAAUAGCAAGGCUAAAUUAGUAUUCAACCGAAUAAAUUUCUUAGGAGAACAAACCGAAAUUGCUCCACCUCCAACAAGUACAAAUGCAAAGGUGGCUUUAGAUGAAAUUAAAACAAAGCAACAAAUGUAUAGUGAAUUGGAAAAAUCUGGUGAAAGUGAUAAAGCUAAAGAAUUAAAACAGCGUGAUGCAUGGAAUAACGUUUUAGCUAAAGCUGAAGGAGUAAAAGUUAAAGACAAUGUAGAAUUAUUAAAAAAAACCAUUGCAAGAAAAGAAAGACAGAAAAAGGUUAGUAAAACUAAAUGGGAGGAAAGAAAAAAUACUUUAGAAAAAACCAAGAAAGAAAAGCAAGAUAAACGUACAAAUAAUUUAUUGAAAAAGAAACAAGAAAAAAAGGAAAAAAUAAAAAAGAAAGCUAUAAAAAAAGGGCGGUUUGUGCCCGGCAUAAAUUAAUAAAAAAUGUUUUUAAGUAUGUAAAAAAAUUGGUGAUCUUAUUAAAAAUUAUAGAAUUAUCAAUAUUA